AUGGACCCUUUGGCGGGUCGCAGACAAAGGGGAGCCGAUCGGAGGAGAAGAGACCAAAAGCCCCGUGUUCUAUUGUCCUGCACAUCCUGCAGAGAGAAGAAGUAUGUUCCGACACCCAGCCCUGACAUGGAAUGUUGUCUCUAUCUUAGUGGAGCCAUUUCUUUACUUUCCAUUAUGAUACUUAAACUUAUUGGUCGUUCUAGAAUACGUUGUAAUCGUCAAGUGCCCUGUAAUAACUGCCAGAAAAAAGACCUUGAAGUGAGCUGCCAUUACAGUUCAACAAAAGGCGGCUCGCAGGAAUACCGUCAUCAACACGAUGGUUGUAAAACUGGAUUACAGAGUCUCCGCAAUCGAUUGCUCCGUCUUGAGACCGCAUUUCAAGAUGGACCGUCACCACCGCAUAUUACCACAGGUAACUAUUUGGUGACCAAAUCUAAUAAAAGAACAGAAGGCGAUGAUUCAAGUCAUCAUGUUAGACCGGAUCCAGAAAUAAUGCUUCCCGAAAGUACUGGUACUCGAUCUUUCAACCAGAAUCACUGGCGUGCAAUCAUGCAAAGCGCGUCACGUAAUUUUGACGGGGAUGAAGAUGAACCGUGGGAGAAAACGCAUUCCCAGACCCCUGUGCUUCUUCGGAGAAUACCAAAAGAAGCAACCAUUGAAGAUCUUUUGCUAGCAUUACCCCCACGGAAAAUCGCAGAUGAACUUGUUUCACGCUGCUUAGACUGCGGUGAACCAUCGCUGAUGAUCGUCCAUGCUCCAACAUUCAAACAGGAGUGUCUUUCCUUCUGGGAGAAUCCAUCCAGGGCUUCUUGUGGUUGGUUGGCCCUUCUUUUCGGGAUUCUGGCGUGUGCCGUCUGGAUUGAACAUUCCGUGAAUCCAGAGACAGCCGAGGCACCACCACCAGAAAUAUUCAAUUACUACCACGAAAAAUGUGCCGUCGCCCUCACACUCUCAGAUUACGCUGCGCCUGGAAGAUAUAAAGCAGAAGCUGCUACAAUUCAUCUUGGAGUUGAAUAUCUUCAGAGUAAUGGGUUGAAAACUGGUGUUUCUAUACUGUUGGGCAUGGUAUCUCGACUGGCUAUCAUGAUGGGCUAUCACAGAGACCCUAGAAUAUAUCCUGCACUAUCCCCAUUUGAAGGGGAAAUGAGACGGCGACUGUGGUUGAUUCUAUCGUUGAUCGAUUAUUUUGUUGCUUGGCAAUCAGGCCUUCCAAUCGUCAUUCCAAAGGGAAUAAGUGACACCGCUCCGCCUCGUAUCCUUCUAGACCAGAAUCUCGAUCUCAACAUGAAAGUUCUCCCACUAUCGCAACCGGAGACCGAGAUACCGAACAAACUCACUUAUAUUCUUGCCCAAGAGCGAUUGCUGGUGGCAGCCAGUUCAAUCGCGGAGAACCUAGAAGCCUACCCACUACUGGAAAAGACGAUUCAUUUGGAACAACAAUUGGAAGAGGCGUGGAUCGGUGUGCCUGCUAAUCUGAAGAGAUCAAUUGAAUCCAAAGUCGAUUGCGAUACAAUGAUAUGCACCCUCACACUCGAGAUGACAUACCAACGCGCCCGCUGUAUAUUGUACCGGCGGUACUUGAUCGAUGGGCGUGAUGAGCCAAACUACAACCUGUUUCGCAUUGAAUGCAUACACGCAGCCCAAAGGAUUCUACGUUGCCAAAGGGAACUAUUCCAGGGCUUUUUUUUCUCGGCCCCAGCAUAG